GGUGCACGUAAUCUGACCUUUCAACCACCCCAAGCGUCGGCACCCUUGCUCUUCUUCUUCCUGCCUCUCCCUCGUCCGUUCCCACGGCCAUGGCGGGUGACGCUACUACCGACCCCCUCCUCCCCCGCGCCGGAUUCCGGGGGUGGUGCUGCCCCCGCUUCUCUGUCACGCUGCCCUCCCCGGCCGCCAGCUUCCGCCUCAAGACCACCGUGUGGGCGGAGCUGGGCGGCUCCGUCGGCGACCUCGGCACCUAUAUACCCAUCGUCCUCGCACUCUCCCUCGUCAACCACCUCGACCUGGGCACCACCCUCAUUUUCACCGGCCUCUACAACGCCAUCACCGGUCUCCUCUUCGGCGUCCCCAUGCCCGUUCAGCCCAUGAAGUCCAUCGCCGCCGUCGCCAUCUCCGAAUCCUCCGCCCACCUCUCCGUCCCCCAGAUCAUGGCUGCCGGCCUCUCCACCGCCGCUGUCCUCUUCCUCCUUGGCGCCACCGGCCUCAUGUCCGCCCUCUACCGCUUCAUUCCCCUCCCCGUCGUCCGCGGCGUCCAGCUCUCACAGGGCCUCUCCUUUGCUUUCUCCGCCAUCAAGUACAUCCGUUACGACCAGGACUUCGCCGCCGCCAAGUCCGUCGGUCCCCGCCCCUGGCUCGGCCUAGACGGCCUCGUCGUCGCCAUCUCCGCCCUCCUCUUCAUCGUCCUCGUCACCGGCUCCGGCGAUGAUCCUCCCCUCCAAGACCCUUCGACUCCCCGCCGCCGUCAGCGCGGCUCCUGCGUCCCAUACUCCUCGCGUAUCCCGACGGCUCUGCUGGUGUUCGUGCUGGGCGUCGUCCUAUGCUUCGCCCGCGACCCGUCCAUCUUCGGCGACCUCAAGCUCGGCCCUUCCAGGAUCCAGCUCGUCCGGAUCACCUGGAACGACUGGAAAGUGGGCUUCGUCCGGGCGGCGAUCCCGCAGAUCCCCCUUUCGGUGCUCAAUUCGGUGAUCGCCGUAUGCAAGCUCUCCUCCGACCUGUUCCCGUCGCGGGGGCACGAGGUGUCGGCCACAGCCGUGUCGGUGAGCGUGGGGCUGAUGAACAUGGUGGGCUGUUGGUUCGGCGCCAUGCCCGUCUGCCAUGGCGCCGGUGGGCUGGCGGGGCAGUACCGGUUCGGCGGCCGCAGCGGGGCGUCGGUGCUGUUCCUAGGGAUCGGGAAGGUAGUCCUGGGGCUGCUCUUUGGUAGCUCCUUCGUGCGGUUGCUGGGGGCAUUCCCCAUCGGAAUCCUGGGGGUGCUGUUGCUCUUCUCGGGGAUCGAGCUGGCUAUGGCGUCGAGGGACAUGGCGAGCAAGGAGGAGUCGUUCGUGAUGCUGGUGUGCGCCGCGGUCUCCCUGACGGGGUCAAGCGCCGCGCUGGGUUUCGGUUGCGGCAUCCUGCUCUUUCUUCUACUGAGGCUGCGGGAGGUGAACUGCCGCGCCCUGCUGCCCUCCACAAACAACGGCGACGGUGGAGGCGACCGCUGCUAGUGCUGGCCAGUGGCAAAUCCAAUAUUAUUAUUGAACUUCUCAUUAUAAACUUGCAAUUAUUGGAAUGAAUCUUUUUCUGGAUUAUCGUAUAUGAAUUAUCAUAAACCUGCGAUCAUUGAGAUUGA